AAGCCCAUCAGCUCAACAAGAAGCACUCUUUUGGAGAGAAAAAGCAACUGAAGAAGAAGAUAAAGCGAUGGAGGGCCUCUCGUAUGGAACAAGAUCCGGCGGUUUGGAGAGUUUUGGCCGGGAAAGGAGAGAGCCAGAUGAUGAAAUUUUUGAAUUUGCAGAGGAAACAAUGGAGGAGGAAGAAGAGGAGACGACGAAGAGCAACCUAACAGCUGGGCUGUGGAGGAGCGACGAAGAAGACGAUGAGGAGACAUGGGUGAAGAGCAGGAAGAAGGAGAAGAAACAGGUGUUUCUUGAAGGCUAUGUAGAGGCGGCUGAUGAGCUUGAUCUGAAGAGGGGGAAGAGCUUGACUGGUGAGGAUCUGGAUGAGUUGAAAGGGUGUCUGGAUUUAGGGUUCGGAUUCAGCUAUGAAGAAAUCCCUGAGCUCUGUAACACCUUGCCGGCUCUUGAGCUUUGCUAUUCAAUGAGCCAGAGGUUUCUUGAUGACCACCAGAAGUCGGCGGACUCCUCGCCGUCUUCCACCGAGAUGUGCUCGUCGCCGUCGGGACCGAUUGCCAACUGGAAGAUCUCCAGUCCUGGUGACCAUCCUGAAGAUGUCAAAGCAAGGCUCAGAUACUGGGCGCAAGCGGUGGCAUGUACCGUUAAGUUAUGCAACUAGAUCGAAGGCUUCCCAGACGAGGAGAAUGAUGAAUCGACAUUUUCCUCAGUCUGGAAGUUUCUCAACCUGGACCUUCAUGGAGAGAGCUCGCGGUGACCCGAUCGAUCAUCUUUAAGGUAGUACUGCUGCCUGCUCGAACCCGACUCCAUUCUUUUACCCGGAGAUGGAUGAUCUCGGCGUCUGUCAGUGAUCGGUGAGUUUGGAGGAGGAGAUGGAGAAGAAAGAGAAGCCGAGGAAGGAGAUUGUCUCAGGUCUGAGAUUAGAGAAAUACCCAACUGUUGCCUGAUGAGAAUGCCCUGAUUCCACCCAAGGCUGAUGAAACUUUUUCUCUCGUGUUCAUUUUGCAGUAUGAGAAUUGUAUUUUGUACCCAGUACAUUGACAAUAAAAGCAUGAUACGAACAGCAGUUCUUUCCUUUAA